UGUCAGUUCCCUUUGACAGCCCUCUGUUGUUUUAAAGAAUAUUACAACGGCGAACGCAUCAAGUAUAAAAGCCUCGUCCAUCCCGCGAGGUGCGCACGCAGUCAGCGGAGGUUGGCGAUGCGGCUCUAGGCGAAAGAAUGAAUCCAGCUUAACACUGUCUAUGGUUUGACAGCAGACAAACAUUCAGCAAAGCCGAAGGAAAGAGUGGAAGCAUCGUCUCCAGUCCUCGGAGCUCUGAGUGGCUGUAAUGAUUUCUCAGAUCUCUCCCACUCUGUACCUGAGUGGCCUGCAGGCCAUUAAUCAGUCAGCACUGGAGCACAGGGGCGUCACUCUGCUGGUGAACGCCUGCGCUGAAUAUCCCUGUCCUGAGUAUCAAGGGGUGUCCUGCGUUUGUGUGCAGGUGGAGGACCGUCCUCACGCCCCUCUGGACCAACACUUUGACAGCGUAGCAGAGCAAAUCCAGCAGAAUCACACCGGGAGCUCACUGGUGUUUUGCUCCGCCGGGAGAAGCAGGUCUCCAUCUCUGAUCAUGGCGUAUCUCAUGAGGUUUGAGGAACUCUCGCUGCUUCAGGCUUAUCACAGGGUUUUGGCAGCACGACCCUUUAUUCGGCCAAAUGCUGGGUUUUGGAGGCAAUUGUUGCAGUAUGAGAAGAAACUUACAGGUAGCAACAGUGUAAGGAUGGUGGCCACAUCACAGGGCAUCCUGCCAGAGGCCAUCCAGAUCACACAGGACACCUCAUACUGUCUGAAUGUGUAAUGCAUUGAGACAUUGUGAACUGGAUAAUUUUUAAGUAGAGUUUGUAUUAAAACCCCGGGUAGAUUUUUAUGUGAGUUAGCAGGGGUGCAGGAAUUAGGGGGCCCUGACUAAUGCCAAGAAACCUGUAUAAAACAUAUAGCUCUUUUAUAAAUGUUCUAUCAUACACUCACUGGCCACUUUAUUAGGUACACCUGUCUAACUGCUCAUUAACGCAAAUUUCUAAACAGCCAAUCACAUGGCAGCAACUCAUUGCAUUUAGACAUGUAGACAUGAGCAAGAUGAUUUGCUGCAGGUUAAACCAAGCAUCAGAAUGGGGAAGAAAGGUGAUUUUAAAUGACUGAACGUGGCAUGGUUGUUGGUGCCAGACGGGCUGAUCGGAGUAUUUCAGAAACUGCUGAUCUAAUGGGAUUUUCACGCACAACCUUCUCUAGGGUUUACAGAGAACGGUCUAAAAGGGGAAGUUAUCCAGUGAGCGGCAGGUCUGUGGGUGCAAAUGCCUUGUUGAUGCCAGAGGUCAGAGGAGAACGGCCAGACUGGUUCAAGUUGAUAAAGGCAACAGUAACUCAACUCAAGUUACAACCUAAGUAUGUAGAAGAGCAUUUCUGAACGCACAACACAUCGAACCUUGAGGCAGAUGGGCUACAGCAGCAGAAGACCACAAUUGGUGACACUCCUGUAAGCUAAGAAAAGGAAACUGAGGCUACAAUUUGCACAGGCUAACCAAAAUUGGACAAUAGAAGACUGGCAAAACGUUGCCUGGUCUGAUGAGUCUCGAUUUCUGUUGUGACAUUCGGACGGUAGGGUCCGAAUUUGGCAUUAACAAUUCAAUUCAAUUCACCUUUAUUUGUAUAGCGCUUUUACAAUGUAGAUUGUGUCAAAGCAGCUUUACAUAAAAGGUCAUAGUAAAUUGAAACAGUGUAGUUCAGUUUCAGAGUUUAAGUUCAGUUCAAUUCAGCUCAGUUCAGUGUGGUUUAAAAA